CACUCAGCUGCUUUCUCCUUCUUCUUCUUCACACAUUCUCCCUCCCCUUUCACCCUCCAGCCAUUCCUGCAGACGGACCAACAGGACGUGCGGAGACGGAAGGUUGAUCAGGAUUUCUCCAAAAUGGAGAGGAAACAUGAAGAGGGAGGAGGAGGACUCAGUCCAGACGGGGACUUGUGACUUGCAUGCAUCUUUAUGCGACACCACAGACUUAAGAGGCUGCCUGGCUUUAAGAGAGCGGAUGUGUGGCUGGUUUGUUGUGCGAAGCAGCUUCAGACCAAAAUCAGCUGAAGGGGUUUUUGUAUGCGUGUGUGCGAGUGCUGGUGAAGGCACAGCUCAUUGACAGCAGCAUAAACCCAGUGUAACACAGCGAUGUGUCCUUCCCUCCCACAAGACUUGACUUAAAACCUCACAAGCUGGCUGAUCAUAUGAUGCCGCUUUAGAGAGCCAGGAGGGGAACUGUUAAUGGAGCCACUGGAGAUUGUAACGUGCCUCAGAGUUUCACAUUUAUGCAGCUGCACAGAAAGGAUCUUCGUAUAGAAGAGGGCAGCGAGGCAACAUUUACAGAAACUUUCACCAAAACCCACAAAAUCCAAAAAAAAAGAGAAAGAAACCAAACCACGGAACAGACUGAGAGAGACCCUAAUGGAGGAGGAAAUCAUCUGCUCCUCUCUGCUACAUAGUACAGAUUCAGUCCUGCAGCAGCCCCAACAAGACUCGUGGACCUCUGCGGAGCAUCAGUACAUCAGUGGAGAACAGGAGGUCACUGUUUUGGACAAGACCGAGACGGAGGGGGAGAUAAUCGAGGCACAUGGGACAGAUGAACUCACUUCGUCUCCAAAGACAGGACGAGAGACUCCUGAUGAGGCAGAGCAAUGGGACCACAUAAUAUGCCCUGUACGUCCCAGUGCAUCACUCUCUUUCGCCACGGUACAGUGGGACAUGCCCGACCCCUUUACAGAAAGGCCCUCGCUCGUGACUGACCGCAGCUUGGCCAAUGAGCUGGACUCCAGUGACGUGACAAGUCUAGGUACCACUCCCCCCUCACUUCACCAAUCUGAGGAUGAUAUUGCUGCGCUUCUCUUUACGGAGGAGAGAGAGGAACUAGAUCGGCUCAAUUCACUGCUUCUGAGUGGGGAGUGGUCAGGAAACAGCUUUGAGCCAUGUGAUGCGGCCGAUGUGCAAGAGCCGACGACACAGGAAAAGAAAGAUUCAACACAAGAGCUGGUAGACAGUAAUAACGAAAUUCCUUUCGAGACUGAGUCAGAAGACGAGGACAGAUGCUCAGUAACCUCCGAUCCUGCUGAGACGGUGGACAAAACCGAGACUGUUUGGGAGGCUGAAGGCUCAGAAGAUGAGGCGAACUGUCUCGCAGAUGUAAAACUAGAAGAGGAACCAGAGGAGCUUAGCGCUGUGCUAACUGCACAGGGAGACCCAGAGGAACAACAAAAUGCAGUGAAUGGAGUAGAGAUUGAAGAAGAGGGUGAGGAGGGACAAGAAGAAGAAGAAGAAGAAGAAGAAGAAGAAGACGACGAAGAAGAAGACGAAGACGACGAAGAAGAAGAAGAAGAAGAAGAAGAGGGGAAGCGUGUGACCAACGUGCUUUAUGCUGACAACAGUGAAGAGGCAAACACUGUCAGUUGUCCAAGUGAUGUGGAGGUGACGGCAGAGCCGCUACAAACAGAGGAUGCAGGACUUACCCCAGAUAAGCCAAUUCAUUUGCAUCCGUCAGAGCUUGUGGAUGAAAGUCGCCACUCAGGGACCGAAGAGGACUUAGAGAUACAGGAGCAGUUACAGGAAGAUUCCACAGGUCGGACCGAAGAGACAGAAAUGUGUAAAGGUGUCGAACAUAACGUGGAACCUGAGCAGCCAGAAGCCGUCGACAACAGUGAAGAAGCAUUAAUGCAGGAGACGGAAAACGCAGAGAAGACAGAAAACUUAGAAGCGAUACCAGAGCUGGAUGAAGAAGUGGAGGAGGAAAGUCAUUUGGAGCGACAAUAUUGUGACGAGACAACUUCACCGCACCCUGAACGGUCUGAGUGUGAGGAGCUGGAAACGAUCAGAGAGCCCGAGCCUACCCAAGCAGAGGUGUCACAUCAGAUAGAGGAGGAACACUCUGACCAGUUAGGAUGUCAACAUCUGAAGGAGUCACCAGAGAUAGAACUAACAAAUCAGUCAGCCCGACCUGAAACUGCAGAGGGAACAGAGGAGUGUACUCAGUCAGAUCGGACGGUCUGUGUUGAAGCCAGAGACCCCGAAGUCCCAGAGCAGCAGCAGCAGCAGCAGACGGAGCCGCCCGAGCAGAAUGAGCAGUCACCACAAACAGCCGACGUGUCCCAGCCGACAAUCUCUGAGCAGCAUGUGCUAUCAGAGGAUUCAGAUGAGUCAGAAAUAACAGGGCAGCUGUCUGCAGAGCCUGAGGUCACAGAACAGACAGCAGAGGCAGCAGAGGCAGCAGAGUUAAAGCAGGUGGGCUCGCCUGCGUCACAUCAGACUGAUGAAUUAGCAGGUCCUGAGGAUGGAGGUGUACGAACAGUGAUGGCGAAUGGAGAGAAACACAAGCUCCCCGAGACGCCCACGCCUCAUAUGAACGGAGGGGAGGUGGACAGAGAGAUGGCCCGCCGCCUCGCUGAACGGCUGUUUAAGUUGGACGGGAUCCAACCUGUAGAUGUGGUCAAGCACUUAGAUAAAGAUAAUGACUUCAGUCAUGCUGUCGGCGAGGAAUACCUCAAGUUCUUUGACUUUACUGGGCAAACUCUGGAUCAGGCCCUGAGGUCUUUUCUGAAAGUGGUGGUACUGAUAGGAGAGAGCCAGGAGAGGGAGCGUGUGCUGCAGCAUUUCGCCCGCCACUUCCAUCAGUGCAACCCUGACGCCUUCUCCUCUUCAGGGGCUGUGUUGGCUCUGACCUGUGCUUUAAUGCUUCUCAACACUGAUCUGCAUGGACAGCAUGUAGGAAAAUCCAUGUCCUCCUCUCAGUUUGUGUCCAACCUGGAUGGGAUGAACGAAGGGGAAAACUUCAGCAAGGAACUCCUGAAAAGUCUUCAUAAUUCCAUCAAGUGUGAGCCACUGGAAUGGGCUGUGAAUGAGGACGAGUUGCAGAGCUCUGUGUUGCUGGAAGAGGACGUUGGAGAUGAUGCACAGCUGCGCUCCAAAGCAAACCCCUUCCAGGUUGUUGCCCACGACAAAAACGCCUUGGUGGUGAAGGAGGGUUUCCUACUUAGAAAACUCCACGCGGACAUCGACGGCAAACGCACUCCAUGGGGGAAAAGAGGCUGGAAGACUUUCUAUGGAGUCCUGAGGGGAAUGGUUCUCUACUUACAGAAGGAUGAUUACAAGAGGGAUCACCAGGUGAGCGAGGAGGUGGUGAGUGUGCACCACUCGGUGGCCGAGCAGGCACAGGAUUACACCAAGAAGCCGCACGUCUUCCGUUUGCAGACGGCGGAUUGGAGGGUUUUCCUCUUUCAGGCCUCAUCUAAAGUGGAGAUGAAGUCUUGGAUCAGCCGCUUCAACCUGGUUUCGGCAAUUCACUCGUCGCCUCCGUUUCCUGCUGCCGUCGGCUCCCAGAGGAAGUUCUUCAGGCCGAUCCUCCCCGCCUCGCAGUCUGCUCACACACUGGAACAUCAGCUUCAGUUUCAUGCAGGAAAGCUGGAGUCCUUCAAAGCCGACCUGUCGAACCUGCAGCAAAACCCUCCAGAGGGCAGGAAAGCCCGAGCUAAGGAGCUGGAGGAGCAGCGAGUCAGAGCAGAGUACCUGCAUUACGAGAUGUGUCGCUACGAGAUCUACAUCCAGAUGCUGGAGGCCUGGAAGAAGGUGGAGAAGAUGGGCAGCAAAGUGUUGAGCCCCGCAGAGCUGAACCUGUUCGAUAAGGCCCUGUGUGCAGACUCUGUUGGGGAGGAAGAGGAGGAGGACGGCGGGCUGAAGAAGUCCCACUCCAGCCCUUCUCUGGAGCAGGAGAUGGCUCCUCCGACUGUGAUCAAAGUCAGACGCAACAUCUCUGAGAGACGGACGUAUCGCAGGACUAUCAUCCCUCGAUGGAAUAAAGAGACCUGAGAGGUAUUUUUACUCAGAGACUGCUGACGUCACGCCAGGUAUUUUUUAGUUUUUGAAGCACUGAACACAGAAGCAGGGAAGACACCAAAGUCAAAUAUCAAAUCCGUCUCGGCACGUUGUUUUGUUUUACGGCAUUUUCAUCUUGUGCACUUUUUCAGAUGUAUAACCUCAGGGAAUCCCCAGCUCUCACACUCUCUCACCAUUGAGGAGAGAACCUGAGCCUCUUGUUGAGUUUAUCAAAACGAUGCUCCUAAUUUAUUUAGUUUUAUUUGACACAAAAAAUGAAAAUGUCUUUUUAUAAAAACUCAAAAUGGUACAAAGUAUGUUGCAUUUGAAACGUUAUCGUUUGGGCAACAGUUGAGCCUUUUUAAAAUGUAAACCACAAGAGGGGGCUGUAGUACAGGCCAUGUGUGAGUGACUGCAGGGGACAGGCCAUUCUGUCAGAAACUUGUUUUAAUAAUUGCACUUUUGUUGUUUUUAAUAUUUUGCAUAAGUAUUUUCUUGCCACUGUUUCAUACUAUGUUCAUAUGAAGGAUUUAUUUCUGAAAUGUUAUGUUUUUUUCUCUGUCGGGGAAAAAUAAAAUAUCAUUUGUGUUUA